AUGCGCUGGUGGCAUCGCCUUAGCCCCGCUGGCAUCCUCGCCGCGUUGCUCGAGCGGUGUCUCGGCGCCGUGGCACGCCUCGAGCUGGAGGACCGCUCGGACGGCUGCUGGACGCUCAUAAAAUUUUGCGACCUCUCGCCGGCGGUCGACGCCACGCAUCAUCCGAAUCUCCCGCUCGAGCUCGCCGCUGCGCACAUCUCCACCCUCGUCAUCGCCGUGCCUCCGUGGCGCCAGCUACGCCGCGCCGGCAUCGAUGUCCGUGUCGACGGCGUCAGCCUGCUCGCAGGGCUGCAGCGGCCACGAGACCUGCUGAGUGAGAUGGUCGGAGACGGAGUGAGGGGCCGGCUGCUGCGCGCCGCCCUCUCCUCCGCCUCGGUGCGCGCGACGCGGCUCGCCUUUUGCCUCGAGGACUCCUCCCUCUCCGGCCCGCCCUUUGCCCUCUCGCUGCAUGCAGACUGCAUCCUCGCCCUCGUCCUGCGGCUCUCCGCGAGCGGCGUCGUCCUCCGCGCGUGCGAGACCUCCUCCGCCGUGCCGCGCGAGUUCAUCGCGGCGGCGCCGCUGCCCGAGCUCCUCGCCGGCUUGCUGCUGCCGCAGCUCGUUGCCCAGCCAGCCGUGGCGCGCUUGCUCGACUUCGGGUCCCACUUUCUGCGCUUCAACAAACACGUGCCCACCCGCCCCGCCCUCUCCGUGCGGCGGGCGCCCGCGGAGUGGUGGCGGUGGGCACUCCACAGCGUCAGCUGCGAGUCGACGUGGCGGAGGCGGCGCACCCUCAGCCUCCGCGCUGAGAGCCUGCUCCAGCGGCGGCGGCAGCGGCUGCGCUUCGAGCUGCUGCACCGCGCCGCGCACGGGCGCUGGGCAGAGCGGCGCGCAGCUUGGCGGCUGAUCGAGCGCGGCGGCGACUGCGCCGGGCUCGCCAUGCUCGCUGACGCGGCGGAGAGGCGGAGCGAGCUCGCGGCCCUCGAGGAGGGCGCGAGCCUCAACCCGUGGGACGUGCUCUACUUUCGCGCCCGCUCGCGGGGCGAGUGGGAGGCGGCGCGGGCGACGCUGCGGCUCGCCCUCCGGCACUCCUCCCGGCCAGAGGACACGGGGCCGUGCAGGCUCGACCAGCUCGGUGUGCUGCUUGGGACGCCGCGGCUGCGCUGCCGCCUGCUCUGCGAGAUCGACAGCGUCACGGUGUCGCUGCUCGACGAGACCGCCGCGUGCGCGGAGGCGCGUCGGCUCCUCUCCUCUGGCGCCGCUUGCCUUGCGCCGGGAACGGGCGGGGCGGCGGGCGAGGCGGCAAACGCGGCGGAGCCGCUUGCCACGCUCGAGAUGCGGCGGGUGGGCGCGGCGGUCGCGUUUGGCCGGUGGCGGGAGAAGCAGCUGGCGGUCGACGUGGGCUCCGUCUGCGCGACCGACCGCUUCAGCGGCAGCCUCCCCUUCCACCGCGUCGUCGAGUCUCCCGCGCCGGGACUCUUUUCGGGCGAGUCCGACGGCGCGCGCGGCUUCGCGCGGCUUCGCGCCUGCUCGUCGCCGCUCCUGCCGCGCCCGCGACAGCGCAUCCGCCUCGAGCUCGGCCAGCCCGUUGCCCCUGCUCCCCCCGCGGCGUGGAGCCCGACCCGCGCCCUGCUCACGCGCCGCUUCGCCGCGCGGCUCGCGGCGUGGGCGGUGCGCGGCUGGGGCAGCGCGCAGGUGUUUGCGUACUACGUCUUCCGCUUCAUCUACCGCUUCGACCACGAGUGGUCGCUCGCGCUGCACUCGCUCGAGGCGGUCUUCCUCUCGGGCCACGACGCGAAGCCGCUGCUCCGCCUGCGUUGCGGCGGCAACCGUCGCGAGGCCGCUGUCGACGCGGCGGCGGCCGAGGCGCUGGCGGGGGCCGGCGUCGCGUGCCGCCGCACCUAUGGCUCGGACCAGCUCGUGCGGACAUCCAUCGCCGCCCGCGCCGAGGUGUGCCACGCCAACCCGCACAAUGGCGCGUGGGAGCCGGUCCUCGAGUGGUGCGCGGCCUCGCUCGAGCGGCGGCUCAACCGCGUCGUGGAGCAGUAUGAGGUCGAGCUCGCGGCCGCAUCGCCGCUCAACGUCAACGUGACGGAGCCCCUCCUCGAGGGUCUGCUGCGCGAGAGGCAGCUGUUGCGCGACGGAGACGGCUACGCGCCGCUCGUCGCCGUCACGGGCGCCGGAGGCUCGGCGGCGGACGGGGGAGGCCGCUUCGUCCUGAGGAACGAGACGGGCAUGCCCCUGGAGUUCUGGCGCGCCGACGGGCAGGGGAGCGCGCGCACGUCGGGCGCGCCGCUGCGCGUGGUCGUGGAGGUGGGCCACGAGGGGACGGCCACGAUCGUGACCGUGGGCUCGCCAAUCUCGCUGAGGAACCAGAGCGGCGCGCGCCCGCCCCUCGCCACCGCAGCCGGCUGGCGCAGGGUCGUCCACUCCCCCUUUCUCGACCGCCCCUCUGCGUCCCCGUGCGACUCAGGCGUACCGCUCGAGCUCCUCUUCUACUCCCCGCGGCUGGCGGCCGAGCAGGAGGCGCUUGCUCUCCCCGGCGAGACGGUGCGGGUGCCGUUGGCCCUCGCAGCCGACGUGAUGGUUCGUGUGCGGCCGGGCGACACAGAGCCCGUCCCGUGGGAGGCGAGCUGGCUCGAGGAGCGGCAGGGUGGCGCAAGCGAGGUGACGCUCGCCCUCGGCCGCAGCUUCCACCUCCACGCCUCCCUGCGCGGCAGCAGCGCCGCCCGGAGGGGCGCCUCGGGCAGCGACGCCGUCCGCGGCUCGCGCGGGCAGGCGGCGCUGCGGCUCUGGCGCGCGGCGGCGAUGCUCCUCUGGCCGUCCACGCUCGAGCUCGAGCCGCCGCUCGUGGUGGAGAACGCGACCCUCGCGAGCGCUCGCGUCGAGAUCGGCUCACUCGAGCCGGGGUGGCGCGGCGUGCUCGAGAGCCGCGGUCGGCUGGCGUGGCACGGCUCCGGCGUCGACGCAGCGCUGCGGCUGCGGCUGCAGCUUCCGCGCACCGGCUGGAGCGCCGCGACGCCGCUGCUCCGCCCUCCCGAGCGGCUGCUGCUGCCCCGCGCGAACCGGGUGCCCUUCUCCCUCUCGCUCGACUCCAAGCCGCUCGCGGCUUCGGCCGCGCUCACGGUCGUGCUGUACUCGCCCUAUUGGGCGGAGCUCGUGGCAGCGCGCGAGCGGGCGGCCGCGCAGCAGUUCGGCGGCGCCUUCCUGCACGACGCGAGGCAGCUGCCGCACGAGCCUCCGAGAGGGGGAGGCUCGAGGGGCUUCGGCCGGCUCCGCAGCGCCAUCACCGCCGCGCGGGCUGGCGGCCGGCUCCGCCGCGACAUCACCGCGGAGGCGUUGGCGGCGGAGGAGUACAUUCUCACCCGCGAGCACGCCGAGUUUGAGGGCGUGGGGUGCGCGCCGCUGCCCGGAUCGGCGCUUUCGUGCCUGGCCCACGAGGAGCGAUGA